AUGGUGGACGGGAAGGCUGGAGAGGAGAAGCCUGAGAAGCUGCAGCAGACUGGAGCCGCCGGAGGACCUGAAGAAGGAGCAGAAAAACCCGUGAAAACUAAGACUGUUUCUUCCAGUAAUGGAGGGGGAAAUUCCAGUCGCAGCGCUGAGAAGCGAUCCGCUGAAGAAGCUGCAGACCUCCCAACAAAGCCUCCAAAGAUCUCCAAGUUUGGAUUUGCCACAGGUAGUCAGACAACAAAGAAAGCCUCAGCCAUAUCCAUCAAACUUGUCUCAAGUAAGCCUAAAGAAACCGUUCCAACUCUUGCUCCAAAAGCCCUUUCAGCAGUAGCAGCUUUUAAGGAAGAUGAGGAUAGUGAACCAGAGUAAAUGCCUCCAGAAGCAAAGAUGAGGAUGAAGACUACUGGAAGGGAUACACCAACAUCAGCAGGACCAAAUUCCUUCAAUAAAGGAAAACAUGGGUUUUCUGAUAACCAGAAGCUAUGGAAGUGAAAUAUAAAAUCUCAUCUUGGAAAUGUUCAUGACCAAGACAAUUAAAUGAUGUGUUUGGAA